AUGGGGUUUUUUGGGGGUGCUUUCAUGCCUAUUAGUCUUCUUUGGCGCCAUCGUGAAAGGAAAAAGCCUCCCUGCGCCGGAGGGGUGUCUUUGUGCGUGGGCUGCGGGAGCGAGAUCCUGGACCAGUACAUCCUGAGGGUCUCCCCGGACCUGGAGUGGCACGCCGCCUGCCUCAAGUGCCACGACUGCAGCCAGUUCCUGGACGAGACCUGCACCUGCUUCGUCCGCGACGGAAAGACCUACUGCAAGAGGGACUACCUCAGGCUCUUCGGGGUGAAGUGUGGCUCGUGCUCGGGGCCCUUCGGGAGCAGCGACCUGGUGAUGCGGGCGAGGGAGCGGGUCUUCCACCUGGAGUGCUUCCGAUGCUCCCUCUGCGCCACGCAGCUCCUUCCCGGGGACGAGUUCGCCCUCCGCGAGGCCAAGCUCCUCUGCAGCCACCACCAUCGAAGGACAGGGAUCCUCGCAGGCGGACAGGGAGCCAAGGGCAGCGCCCCGGGAAGCCCCCCGGAGAACCAGAACGGAGCCCUCCGGGGGACAGUCAAUGGGAGAGGUUUGCUGGCCCUUAAAGCCAAGGGCUGCGUCCACACUGCAGAAAUAACCCGCUUUAACUGCCUAUUAACGCCAAUGCAGUGGGAACUGGGGAUUCUUGUGGCCCCAGAGAAGGCUGAAAUGUCCCACAAAAGCACUGAAGCAGUUAAAGGGGUUUCAAACCGGAUUAUUCCUGCAGUGCGUUUAGGAGCUCCUCUCUUGGAUCUAAGAGACUAUUGA